CUGUAGGAGAGUGAAUGUCCCUCACAUACCACUUCCCGUUCCCAGACUGCAAGGUCAGUAUGCUCCGUGCAAGUCCAGAGGCACUAGUGCUCUUGGGAGCUUUGCUGACGGGACUCCUGGAUCCAGCCAGCGGCCAGGACGCACCCUCACUGCCGUGGGAAGUGCAGCGCUUUGAUGGUUGGUUCAACAAUCUGAGGCACCACCAGCGUGGUGCUGCUGGGUCUAGGCUGCAGCGUCUAGUACCAGCCAAUUACGCUGACGGGGUGUAUCAGGCUCUGGAGGAGCCCCUGUUGCCCAACCCGCGCAGGCUAAGCAACGCAGCAACACAGGGCAGAGCCGGCCUGGCAUCGCUCCGCAACCGCACAGUGCUGGGGGUAUUCUUUGGUUACCACGUGCUGUCAGACCUGGUGAGUGUGGAAAUGCCCGGCUGUCCCGCUGAAUUCCUCAAUAUCCACAUCCCGCCGGGAGACCCCGUGUUCGACCCAGACCAGCGGGGGAACGUGGUGCUACCCUUCCAGAGGAGCCGCUGGGACCGAGAGACCGGGCGUAGUCCCAGCAAUCCCCGGGACCUGACCAACCAGGUGACCGGCUGGCUGGACGGCAGCGCCAUCUAUGGCUCCUCUCACUCCUGGAGCGAUGCUCUGAGGAGCUUCUCUGGAGGACAGCUGGCGUCGGGGCCCGACCCCGCCUUCCCUCGGGACUCACAGGACCCGCUGCUCAUGUGGACCGCGCCCGACCCCGCUACGGGGCAGCGGGGACAUCAGGGACUGUAUGCCUUCGGAGCCCAGCGAGGGAACCGGGAGCCCUUCCUGCAGGCUCUGGGCCUGCUCUGGUUCCGCUACCACAAUUUGUGCGCGCAGAGGCUGGCCCAGGAGCACCCGCACUGGGGGGACGAGGAGCUGUUCCAGCACGCACGCAAGAAGGUCAUCGCCACCUAUCAGAACAUCGCUCUGUAUGAGUGGCUGCCCAGUUUCCUGCAGCAAACGCCCCCGGAGUAUGCAGGAUACCGUCCUUUCACGGACCCCAGCAUCUCCCCCGAGUUCGUUGUGGCCUCUGAGCAGUUCUUCUCCACCAUGGUGCCCCCUGGUGUCUACAUGAGAAAUUCCAGUUGUCAUUUCCGGAAGGUCGUAAACAAUGGUUUUGGCAGUUCUCCAGCUCUCAGGGUCUGCAACAGCUAUUGGACUCGUGAGAACCCCAAUCUGAACAGCGUCCAGGAGGUGAAUCAGCUGCUGCUAGGAAUGGCGUCCCAGAUUUCAGAACUGGAGGACAGGAUAGUAAUUGAAGACCUAAGGGAUUAUUGGCCUGGCCCUGGCAAAUUCUCCCGCACAGAUUAUGUGGCCAGCAGCAUCCAACGUGGCCGAGACAUGGGGCUACCCAGCUAUACCCAGGCCCUGUUGGCCUUGGGAUUGGAGGCCCCAAAGAAUUGGAGUGGCCUCAAUCCCUAUGUAGACCCUAAGGUGUUGCAGGCCACAGCUGCCCUAUACAACCAGGACCUGUCUCGGCUAGAGCUACUCCUGGGUGGGCUCCUAGAGAGUUAUGGGGACCCUGGACCUCUGUUCAGUAACAUCGUUCUCAGCCAGUUUGUGCGGCUACGGGAUGGUGACCGCUACUGGUUUGAGAACACUAGGAAUGGGUUGUUCACCAAGGAAGAGAUUGCAGACAUCAGAAACACCACUCUGAGGGAUGUGCUGGUAGCUGUCACCAACGUGGACCCCAGUGUCCUACAGCCCAAUGUCUUUGUCUGGCAUAAUGGCUCACCUUGCCCGCAGCCCCAGCAGCUCACAACCAAGGGCCUGCCCCGCUGUGCACCCCUUACCGUGCUUGACUACUUUAAGGGCAGUGGUCCUGGUUAUGGUCUCAUCAUUGUGGCUCUCUGCUGUUUUCCAUUAGUGAGUUUGGUUAUCUCUGGGAUGGUGGCUCAUUUGCGGAACCAAGAGCGCAAGAAACUACAAAAGAAAGGCAAAGAGAGUGUGGAGAUGGAAGCAGUCAAAGAUGGAGUGACAGCAAUGGAGUGGCCAGGCCCCAAGGAGAAGAGUUGUCCCAUCACCAUCCAGCUGCUUCCAGACAAGUGCCUACAGGUCCUUGACAGACGUCUCACUGUGCUCCGCACCAUCCAGCUGCAGCCCUUGCAGCAGGUCAACCUCAUUCUGUCCAGCAACCGUGGGUGCCGCACUCUGCUACUCAAGAUCCCCAAGGAGUAUGACCUGGUGCUGCUAUUUACCAGUGAAGAGGAGCGGAGUGUCUUUGUGCAGCAACUGCAGGGCCUCUGUAUGUUCUGGACUCUGGACCUCCACGUGGAUGACAUGGGAGAGAGUGAGCUGUUCAGGAAGGCUGUGACCAAGCAGCAGCGAGGGCGUAUCCUGGAGAUCUUCUUCAGACAACUUUUUGCCCAGGUGCUGGACAUCAACCAGGCAGAUGCAGGGACCCUCCCUCUGGACUCAUCCCAGAAGGUGCGGCAGGCUCUGACCUGUGAGCUGAGCAGGGCUGAGUUUGCCGAGUCGCUGGGCCUCAAGCCCCAGGACAUGUUUGUGGAGUCCAUGUUCUCUCUGGCUGACAAGGAUGGUAAUGGCUACCUGUCCUUCCGGGAGUUCCUGGACAUCCUGGUGGUCUUCAUGAAAGGUAGGAGGCCAGGGACAGCAGGCCAUCUGAGUUAUCGAAGGUCUCUACCUGGGGAGGUGGUCUGCAUCUCCCUAUCUCCCCCAGGCUCCCCGGAAGAUAAGUCCCGCCUGAUGUUCACCAUGUAUGAUCUGGAUGGGAAUGGCUUCCUCUCCAAGGAUGAAUUCUUUACCAUGAUGCGGUCCUUCAUUGAGAUCUCUAACAACUGCCUGUCCAAGGCACAGCUGGCUGAGGUGGUGGAGUCCAUGUUUCGAGAGUCUGGCUUCCAGGACAAGGAGGAGUUAACAUGGGAAGACUUUCACUUCAUGCUUCGGGACCAUGACAAUGAGCUUCGCUUCACACAGCUCUGUGUCAAAGGUAGAGGUGGAGGUGUUGGAGAUGUCUUUAAACCAAACAUCAACUGUCGAGUCUCAUUCAUCACUCGGAAUCCUAGGAAAUGCUCCUGCUCCCAGGAACCGGGACUCCCUGCUUCAGAAGCUCCAGAGUUGGGAGGCUCUGGGAUAAAGAAGAGGUUUGGCAAAAAGGUGGUGGGGUCCUCUCCCCGGCUGUACACAGAGGCACUACAGGAGAAGAUGCCACGAGGCCUCCUGGCCCAGAAGCUGCAGCAGUUCAAGCGCUUUGUGGAGAACUAUCGGCGCCAUAUUGUGUGCAUCGCAGUCUUCUCAGCCAUCUGUGUGGGCCUGUUUGCAGAGCGUGCCUACUACUAUGCCUUUGCCUCACCACCCACGGACAUUGAAGAGACCACCUAUGUGGGCAUCAUCUUGUCACGAGGAACAGCAGCCAGCAUCUCCUUCAUGUACUCCUACAUCCUGCUAACUAUGUGUCGCAACCUAAUCACCUUCCUGCGAGAGACCUUCCUCAAUCGAUACAUCCCCUUUGAUGCUGCUGUGGACUUCCAUCGUUGGAUUGCCAUGGGUGCUGUUAUCCUGGCCAUUUUGCACAGUGCUGGCCACGCGGUCAAUAUCUACAUCUUCUCAAUCAGCCCUCUCAGCCUGAUGGCCUGUGUAUUCCCCAACGUCUUUGUGAAUGAUGGGUCUAAGCUUCCUCAGAAGUACUACUGGUGGUUCUUUGAGACAGUUCCAGGUAUGACAGGAGUCCUCCUGCUCCUGAUCCUGGCCAUCAUGUAUGUCUUUGCUGCUCACCACUUCCGCCACCGCAGCUUCCAGGCCUUCUGGCUGACCCACCACCUUUAUGUCCUGCUUUAUGCCCUGCUCAUCAUCCAUGGCAGCUACGCUCUGAUCCAGCUGCCCAGUUUCCACAUCUACUUCCUGGUCCCAGCAAUUAUCUAUGGGGGAGACAAGCUGGUGAGCCUGAGCCGGAAGAAGGUGGAGAUCAGCAUGGUGAAGGUGGAACUGCUGCCUUCAGGAGUGACCCAUUUGCAGUUUGAGCGGCCCCAGGAUUUUGAGUACAAGUCAGGACAGUGGGUGCGGAUUGCUUGCCUGGCUCUGGGGACCAAUGAAUACCACCCGUUCACACUGACUUCUGCGCCUCAUGAGGACACACUCAGCCUGCACAUUCGGGCUGUGGGGCCCUGGACUACUCGCCUCAGGGAGAUCUACUCACCACUGACAAGCCAAGGCUGUGCCAGAUACCCAAAGCUGUACCUGGAUGGACCAUUUGGAGAGGGCCACCAGGAGUGGCAUAAGUUUGAGGUGUCAGUACUAGUAGGAGGGGGCAUUGGGGUCACCCCCUUUGCUUCCAUCCUCAAAGACCUGAUCUUUAAAUCAGCCUUGGGCAACCAAAUGCUCUGUAAAAAGAUCUACUUCAUCUGGGUGACACGGACCCAGCGGCAGUUCGAGUGGCUGGCUGACAUCAUCAGGGAGGUAGAGGAGAAUGACUGCCAGGACCUGGUGUCUGUGCACAUCUACAUCACCCAGCUGGCUGAGAAGUUUGAUCUCAGGACCACCAUGUUGUACAUCUGUGAGCGACAUUUCCAGAAGGUGCUGAACCGGAGUCUGUUCACGGGCCUGCGCUCUGUCACCCACUUUGGCCGCCCCCCCUUUGAGCCCUUCUUCAACUCCCUGCAAGAGGUCCACCCACAGGUGCGCAAGAUUGGGGUGUUUAGCUGUGGCCCUCCUGGCAUGACCAAGAAUGUAGAGAAGGCCUGUCAGCUGGUCAACAGGCAGGACCGAGCCCACUUCAUGCACCACUAUGAGAACUUCUAAGCCCACCUCCCUGGUUCCUGCUUCCAGUAUCCUGCUGUCCCUCUCUGGACCUCAGUUUCCCAAUCCUGCUGGCAACUUCUCUCACAGAAUCCAUUCCAGGCCUUACCCAGAGAGCUAGAAGAACCCACCCCUCAAUGCCCCAUCUGUCCUCUGUUCUGAGAAGUUAGAGAAGCCUCCCACCCACACCUCCAGCUCAAGCCAUGGCAGCAUGUGAAAGCAAAGUUGGAAGGGGACAGCCUCUGCUUGUGACAACUAUGGAGGUGAAAAGAAACAAAAUCAUUUACCUCUGAUAGAUCCCAUUCCUCUAUUGCUUUGGUAUUUUCUUGGCCAAACCAUUUUGAGGGAAGAGAAGGUGGGUGUACCUCUGAGUGAGAAUUUUCCCAGAGCUCAACUCAGAAGCUGUGAUGCUUGAGAGCUUGAACAGCCCAACUGCCUCAGCUCAGCAUAGGCCUUUCCCCUCCAGCUCCAAAGUGCAACCCCUCCCCGACGUUUCUCACUCCUAGAGGGUCAGGAGCCUUUAGAACACCAGGGAACAAAGAUGCUUCAUCAGCCCUGAUGUUUGCAAUGUCAGUGAUGCUGGUUGCCCCUUUGAGCGAUGGGAGUGAUUCCUGGGCUCUGGGACCAAGGGAGUCUAGCCUCUCUGCCACAUAUCUAAGACUUUCUAUCAUUUCCCAAUUCCAGAAGAGUUAGGUGACCAGAUAACGCUAAUUAUAAUGUGAUUUCUGUCACUUUGUUUGGGUCAUGCUGAAUGUACUCUUUUAAGACUGUUCUCUUUCAUUCACCACGAUGCCUUUGUGAUUCAUUCAUGCUGCUGUAUCAGUAGUUUGAUCCUUUUUAUUGCUGGGUAGUAUUCCAUUAGAGAGAUGUACCACAGUUUGUUUAUCCAUUCUUCUGAUGAUAAACCCUGAAUUGUUUCUGUAUUUGGGUGAUGAUAAAUAAAGCUGCUAUGAAUCUUCUUAUACUUA